UUAUAGUAAUCACUAUCAUAAAUAUAGAUUAACUUUUACUAUACGCCUCGCUUAAAAAAAUAAAAUAUAAAAAAUAAAGCUUAUAAUGCUAUAUGUAGGACAGAAAAGGAUCUUAUUUAUAUAUGUCUAUAUUAGUUUAGUGCACUAGUAUCCAUUGGAAAAUGGCUGCGCCCAUGCAAUCGCAAGUACCGUCAGUUGCUCAGCAACAAACUGGCCAACAACCACCACAAUCUGUGCAACAAAGUGAUAUAGACCCUAUAACCAAGUUUAAGCUACUCCUUCCACGCCUUAAGGAUUCACUAAUUGCUUUAUGCAGAGUUGCUGGUCAGAUGUUUAAAGUGAACGCAGCACAAGACAGUGGAGGCCAAUCAGAGAUCCAGCAGCAUAGAUCUGAGAGGUUUGAAAAGAGCUUGGAGGAUUUUUGUGGCAUCUGUGACCAGAUUGAAGUAAACUUGAGACUGGCUUUGGAACUUUACCAUCAGACAGAAGACAGCUUGAGAAACACACCACUGUCAAUUGUGCUGCCAGUGCAAAAAUCAGAAUCUACCGCUAAUCCACAAGAAGGACAAUCAUAUGCUCAGUACCUAACUACUGUUCGUACACAGAUCAACUUUGCAAAAGAGAUUCAUGAUCUUUUACAUGAGCAAGCCAUGAAGCUAUUAGAAAAACCACAGCUGCCACCUAUGCCUUCACAGCAGCAGCAAACACAACAGGAAUAAUUUGUGGUGCAUGCAUGCAUGUGUGUGAGAGAGUUUUCAAAUGGGUACAUGUUAGUGUAUAUCUUAAUAAUGGUUCAUUGUCAGCAACAAUUUUGAACAUGCUUUUUCUUGUUUUAUUUCGCUAUCAAAUAAUCUGUGCUGUUACAUCCUGACUGGCAGUUUUGUAAACCCAGCCAUAGACUUGCUCAUGAGAGCAUUCUUGUUAAUAAAAGUGCUUGAAAAGUGUUAAAA